AGCCGUUGGGAUGGCUUCCAGCAACGAGGAAGGCGGCCCGAGGGAGGAACCGGCCCUGGCCUUCCCGGUCACCGAAGAGCAGAGGCGAGAGCUACGGGAGGCCUUCGAGUUGUUCGACCGCGAUAGGUCGGGCCUGAUGGAUGUCAGCGACCUGAAGAUAACUGUAAAGGCUCUGGGCUGCGAGUUGAGGAAAGAGGAGGUGAAGAGAAUCAUCUCUGAAUUCAGUGAAGAAAGGCCAGGGAAGCUGAAUUUUAGGUCUUUUCUGCAGGUGAUGACUCAGAAAAUGGCGGAGCCAUUUUUGGAAGAGGAGGUCGUGAAAGUUUUCAAGGUGUUUGACUGUGAUGACACCGGCAAGAUCUCCUUUGAGAAUCUCAAGGUGAUAGCUGGUGAGGUUGGGGAGGAGAUCACGGAUGAGGAGCUGCAGGAGAUGAUUGAUGAAGCAGAUGUGGAUGGAGAUGGGGAAGUGAACGAAGAGGAGUUCCUCCGGAUUCUGACACUGACCGACUGAUAACUGCAGCAUUUUCUUUUUUGCUCUCAUUCCCCUAUAAACAGUUAGUUACAAUGUCA